AUGAGUGCUCACGGGAGUAACAAGGGCGUUGAUACCGUGGCAUACAAUUCCUCAAAAUCGGCAGUUGUUCAGAUGGCUCGUUCUCUUGCUGCUGAAUGGGGCAGCCGCGCAGAUAUACCACUCAUUCGGGUGAACUCAAUCUCGCCUGGGUGCAUCCGUACACGUAUGGCGGAAGGACCACUCAGCAAUCCUGAUAUGGAGAGAGAAUGGACCAACGGCAAUAUGUUGAUGAGAUUGAGUGAGGCGCAUGAGUACAGAGGUCCCAUCACCUUUCUGCUUAGCGAUGCCAGCAGUUUCAUGACCGGUUCUGAUGUCCGUGUAGAUGGGGGCCACACAGCGUGGUAG